AUGGUGAACUUGGUGGUCGCACUAAGAUCGUCUAUGCGCAUUAUCGUCAAAUCAGCCGGUAUUGUUCCGUACACUGUAGAAAUCGAACCAGGAACCAAAAUUCAUUUCUGGUUACCGAAGAAAACCGAAGAUAAACCGGCUGUGUUACUCAUUCAUGGUUUUGCUGGAGAUGUGUUGACGUGGGCAUUUCAGGUUCGUUCCUUAUCAAAGAAAUACUCUGUUUACAUACCGGAUUUGCUCUUCUUUGGUGAGUCCUACACCGAUAAACCGGACCGGUCACCGGAGUUCCAAGCCGAGUGUUUGGUUAAGGCUAUGCGUAUCCUAGGUGUGGAUAAGUUUGUGGUGGUACGGUGGCGUUGUGGCGUUCAAGAUUGCCGAGUUGACCGAUUAAUCCGAGACACAAUAUUAGCCAAACGAUCAAAGAAAUCAUUCGGUGACCUAAUGCAAAUUUGGUUCACCCACGAUUGCAUGGGAAUAGUUAAGGCUGUAGUGGUAUCCGGUUCGACUCCGGUUAUGACCGAUUCGAAUGUGAACCGGUUUGGGUUUAAUUCAAUGUCGGAUCUCUUGUUACCCAAAACGGCCAAGGGACUUCAGUUUCUUUUCUCUGCUGCUUUGCACAAACGCAUUUGGCUCCCAUCAUGGCCUUAA